AUGCCGACAAUUCCGCGGCGGUGCCAUGCGGGCCGUGGGGACGACGCGGAUAUGAAGAGGUUCACGAUGGAGUUCUUGUCCCAUUACUGCAGUGCUAUCCCGCCUGCUAUGCCUGAUGCUGGCAAGGCCGAGCCAGACAAUAAGCAGCAGAAGCGGAGCGCAGGCCACUCGUUCUUGGUUCCUUGCGACGAGAGAUCUGCCAAGAAGCAGUGUCUUCCCAAUGUUAAGGAUUUAGGCGAUAACAUGCCUGUCGCUAAUCACGGUGGUUCAGAGUUUCUCCAGGAAUCAGGCCAAGGGGCAAAGCUCAGCGGUGAGGGGCUUGCGGCCGUGCAAAGAUGUAGCUUUACCCCAAACACUGCACAGAAAAAGGUUGGAUUUUCUGGCGAGACCCCCAAAUCUGCGUCCUCCCUCAUAUCACCAGGGGAGGACUUCUGGAAUGCCGCGAUGGAAUUUGCUGAUGGCGUCUCCGCUCUGGCUGAUAAGGGUCCUAAAAGGCACUGUAAUGUGGCUGAGGACAAGUCAUCGUGUGCGCUUGCACUGGGUUCUAAGGCUCUUCCUAGAUCAGGAAAUGAUGAAUUGAACUGUGAAAGUACAGUAGGUAGCAAUCCUAUGAAGCAGAUAGACAAGUUCUCAAAUACGGUAGAUUUAGCAGCGGCAGCAAAUAUACAGCAUGAAAGCAACUCUCCUUUGCCUGUGAAGCAUUUGAACUUCUUUCAUGAGGAUGAGAUUCAAGUUUCAGGCUUGGAAGGUAAAGAAAAAGGUGUCUCUGUUCCUGGAAGUGCACAAGUGAACAAGGGGCGACUGACGGAGAGUAGCUUUCAUAGGACGGAGAACCUCAUGGAUUCUGUAGAUGACAUGAAGAGAGUCACUUCUGAUCCAGACACCGAUUCUCCGGUCAUGGUUCCUGGUGAAGGUCUGUUCAAGUCAAAAACUGCAGGGAGUGACCUCAAUCAACUGACCCAGGGUGGCACUAAAUCGAUUGCUGCAAGCAAGCCUAACAGAGAUUCCAAGAGUAUGUUUGCUUCUCAAAGAGUGGAAUCUAGCACUCCUACUAGCUCUGUUCCUCCAAAGGACCACUCCAAGCUCUCCAGUUGGCUCCCUCCCGAGCUUUGUGCUAUAUACAUGAAAAAGGGCAUUCCGGGGCUAUAUCCAUGGCAGGUGGAAUGUUUACUUGUGGAUGGUGUCUUGGAGAAACGCAAUCUUGUAUAUUGUGCAUCAACGAGCGCUGGUAAAAGUUUUGUUGCUGAAGUUCUGAUGUUGAGACGGAUAUUAUCCAGUCAAAAGAUAGCAAUUUUAGUCCUUCCCUAUGUUUCAUUAUGCGCUGAAAAGGCUGAACAUCUUGAGCAACUUCUUGCGCCACUGGGUAGACAUGUCCGUAGCUAUUAUGGAAAUCAGGGGGGAGGGUCACUUCCUAAAGAUACAUCAGUUGCUGUAUGUACCAUAGAGAAGGCUAAUUCUUUGGUAAACAAAUUGUUGGAGGAUGGCCGCCUUUCUGAACUUGGUAUAAUUGUAAUAGAUGAGCUUCAUAUGGUUGGUGAUCAACACAGAGGGUACCUUUUGGAGCUGAUGCUGACAAAGCUUCGGUAUGCCGCUGGUGAAGGAAAUUCAGAGUCAUCUAGUGGAGAAACUUCAGGUUCUAGCAGUGGGAAGACGGGUGCCACUCAUGGAUUGCAGAUUAUUGGUAUGAGUGCUACUAUGCCCAACGUUGGAGCCGUAGCUGAUUGGCUUCAAGCCGCACUUUAUCAAACUUCCUUUCGACCUGUCCCACUGGAGGAAUUUAUUAAAGUUGGUAAUCAAAUAUUUGAUAAGGACAUGAAUAUUGUUCGCGUUCUUCCAAAAGUAGCUGAUCUUGGUGGUAAGGAUCCAGACCAUAUUGUUGCAUUGUGUAAUGAGGUUGUGUUGGAGGGCCAUUCUGUUCUUUUGUUUUGCUCUAGCAGAAAAGGCUGUGAAUCAACUGCAAGACAUAUUGCAAAGUACCUGAAAGUAGCUUCUGGUCGCUCAAAAGAAGUUGGCUCAGAGUUUCGAGAUGCUGCAUCUGCAGUUGAAGCCUUGAAGAGGUGUCCUGCUGGGUUAGAUCCUGUAUUGGAAGAAACCAUUCCAUUUGGUGUUGCAUACCACCAUGCUGGUCUGACGGUUGAGGAGAGAGACAUUGUGGAAACAUGCUACCGUAAAGGUCUUGUCCGAGUUUUGACUGCCACAUCAACUUUAGCUGCUGGAGUAAACUUACCUGCCAGACGAGUUAUAUUCAGGCAACCAAGGAUAGGUCGUGAUUUCAUCGAUGGGACCCGCUAUAGACAGAUGGCUGGCCGCGCUGGUCGAACUGGAAUAGAUACAAAAGGAGAGAGUAUACUUGUAUGUAGGCCUGAAGAGGUAAAGAGGAUAACAGGUAUUGUUAAAAGUGAUUGCCCUGCCUUACAGUCAUGCCUCUCGGAAGACAAAAAUGGAAUGACUCAUGCAAUCAUGGAGGUUGUUGCUGGUGGGAUCGUGCAAACUGCAAGUGAUAUCCAUCGAUAUGUGAGGUGUACGUUGCUUAACUCUACCAAACCUUUUGACGAUGUUGUUAAGUCUGCUCAAGACUCUCUUCGUUGGUUAUGCCAUAAAAGGUUUGUUGAGUGGAAUAAUGAAACCAAAAUAUACUCCGCCACUCCACUUGGGCGAGCAUCUUUUGGCAGUUCUCUUAAUCCUGAGGAAUCACUGGUUGUGCUUGAUGAUCUUUCAAGGGCAAGAGAAGGUUUUGUUCUAGCAUCUGAUUUGCAUUUAGUCUACUUGGUAACACCGAUAAACGUAGAUGUUGAACCUGAUUGGGAAUUGUAUUAUGAGAGGUUCAUGCAAUUGUCUACUCUUGAGCAGUCAGUUGGCAAUAGGGUUGGAGUAAUAGAACCUUUCUUGAUGCACAUGGCUCAUGGGGGAGCAAUGCCUAUUCGUGGAAGGCCUAAGAGAAAUACCAGUGGAGGUUCUGGUGGAAAUGCUCUUAUUAAUGAUCAGUCGCUUAGAGUAUCAAAGCGCUUUUAUGUGGCGUUGAUGAUAUCCAGGCUUGCUCAGGAGGUUCCUGUCACUGAUGUUUGUGAAUCAUUUAAAGUUGCCAGAGGUACUAUUCAAGGCUUGCAGGAAAAUGCUGGCAGGUUUGCUUCAAUGGUUUCUGCCUUUUGUCAGAGACUUGGUUGGCAGGAUUUAGAAGGCCUUGUUGCCAAGUUUCAAAACCGUGUCUCCUUUGGAGUUAGGGCAGAGAUCGCAGAACUUACAUCAAUUCCAUUCGUCAAGGGCUCACGUGCAAGGGCUCUUUAUAACUCUGGUUUACGUACCCCUGUUACCAUUGCUGAAGCAUCUGUUCCUGAAAUAGCAAAAGCUAUUUUCGAAUCUACUUGGUCUGGUCAAGAUGAUCAUGGUUUACGAAGAAUGCAAUUUGGUAUAGCCAAGAAAAUAAAAAAUGGAGCUCGCAGAAUUGUUCUUGAGGAGGCAGAAGCAGCCAGAGUAGCAGCAUUCUCAGCUUUCAAAUCACUUGGGGUAGAAGUUCCUCAAUUUACCACACCUCUCCUUCCAGCUAGUGAGGACUCUCCACCUCGAGAUGUCAUGGUGUCUCCUGUUGGAGAUCAUGCUAAGUGCCACGAGUCAGCUUUAGGGACACAUAUUGGUGAUGGAAGGGACAUGUGCUCCAAUUAUGUUGCUCAAAGGGCGUCUACAGAGAUUGUACGGGAGGAUAUGCACCCUGUUUUCUCCAUUCAAAUAAAAGAAAGCGAGGGAAUAGCAAACAGUGUCAACAUUGGUACUAUGCAAGAAGAAGCAUCACCUUUGUCGACAGCAAUUAUUAGUCAGUCGCUCAGCAGAAAUGUGGCUGACAAAGGUCCUGUCAAUGCAUGCAACUUCCCUGGAGGGUUCAAUAGUUUCCUUGAUCAAUGGUCAUCUGUUAAUGAUUUUUCUUUUGAUCUUCAUUUUGUUAGGAGAUCAACUAAACGAUCUUUGACCAUUUUUGAAAUUCUUGGGUUGGCUGUUUGUUGGGAAAAUUCACCUGUCUACUACUGCAAUUUCCCAAAAGACCUAACCCCAACUGGUAUCAAUGAGUCCAUUGAAAUGUGGGAAGAAUUUAAGAGAAGAUGGAGUAGAAUAAUUGGCAUCAUGCAGCAAAAGAGCGUCAGGAAAAUGACAUGGAAUUUGAAAAUCCAGAUUCAGGCACUUAAAUCUCCCUGUGUUUCUUGUCAACGGCUUGCUAGGCUUCGCCUCGACCAUAAAACAUUGAACAACAUUGAUGUCCUUGACAGCACAUAUGUGUUACUACCACCCAUCUCUGUCUAUAAUGGAUUAGACAUAUGCUUGGUGGCAUGGAUUCUCUGGCCAGAUGAGGAGAGCAAAACAGCGCCAAACCUUGAGAAGUUGGUGAAGAGGCGGCUACAUAGUGAGGCCGCAGCAGCAGCAAAUCGGGAUGGCAGAUGGAGAAAUCAGAUGCACAAAGCAGCUCAUAAUGGUUGCUGUAGGCGUGCUGCGCAGACAAGAGCACUCGGUUCUGUUUUGAGGAAGUUACUUGUUUCUGAAAAGCUCAAUGAUUUGGUUGAAACCAUCGAGGGUCCAUUGGUAAAUGUUCUUGCUGAUAUGGAACUCUGGGGAAUUGGUGCUGACAUGGAUGCAUGUCUCAGAGGGAGGCAUAUUAUAAUAAAAAAGCUGAAGGAGCUAGAGAAAGAAGCAUACAAAUUAGUGGGCAAGAGCUUCUCGCUGAAUGCAAAUGCUGACAUCGCUGACAUUCUUUUUACACACUUAAAACUGCCAGUCCCAAAAGGUUGCGAGAAAGGGAAGUUGCAUCCUAGCACUGACAAGCAGUGUCUGGACCAUCUGAGGGAUGUGCACCCAAUUGUCUCAAUAAUAAAGGAGCAUAGAACAUUGGCCAAACUGCUGAAUGGCACAUUGGGGUCUAUCUGUUCACGGGCUCAGUUGUGCAAUCAAUCCCAAAGGUACAUCAUACAUGGAAAUUGGCUGCAAACAUCAACUGCUACUGGCCGUCUAUCAAUGGAAGAGCCAAAUCUCCAGUGUGUUGAGCAUGUGGUGGAUUUCACAACAGGAAAGAAUGAUGAAGAUUGCACAAGCACGUCAAUGGUUGAUCAUCAUGAAAUCAAUGCCCGUGAUUUUUUUGUUCCGACUCAAGAUAACUGGUUGUUGGUAACAGCCGAUUACUCGCAGAUUGAGCUGCGUUUUAUGGCACAUUUUUCUAAGGAUCCUGUAUUGAUCGAGCUUCUAAGUAAACCAGAUGUUGAUGUGUUCACUAUGAUUGCUUCAAGAUGGAUUGGCAAAGAAGAGUCCUUAGUCUCUUCUAAGGACCGAGAAAACACAAAAAGAUUUAUUUAUGGCAUCCUGUAUGGAAUGGGUGCCAACUCCCUUGCAGAGCAACUUGAAUGCAGGCCAGAGGAAGCUGCACAGAAAAUUCAAAGCUUUAAGAGAUUCUUUCCUGGCGUUUCUUCAUGGCUACAAGAAGCUGUAGCAUCAUGUCGUCAAAAAGGAUAUGUGGAGACCUUGAUGGGACGGAGACGUUUUCUUUCAAAAAUUACCGCUGGAAAUAGCAAAGAAAAAGCAAAAGCACAAAGACAAGCAGUUAACUCUAUUUGCCAGGGUUCUGCUGCUGAUAUUAUCAAGGUGGCCAUGCUUAAGCUUCAUUCUGUAAUUACCAAUGGGAGUAGCGCAGUUGAUUCCAUGGAUGGGCUUAUGCAGAAGUUUUCAGGAAUCAGAGGGCACUGUCACCUUCUUUUGCAGGUGCAUGAUGAACUUGUGAUUGAAGUUGACCCUUCUAUGGUAGCAGAGGCUGGAAAGCUGCUACAGAUAUGCAUGGAAAAUGCAGCUUCACUCUUGGUACCUUUACGUACCAAAAUAAAGGUUGGAAAAACUUGGGGUUCUCUUGAGCCUUUCCAGCCAGAGCCUUGAUGCUAUGAUAGAUGCCACUUCCAAUUACCCAGGAAUCAUAUUUUUCAUCAUACAUUAGGACUAACUGAUGGGCUGGUGGUUGCCUAGUGCCUUUUUGUACAGUAAUAUCGAAUCAUGGCAAUGGAUGCGGUGGUGCCCUAUGAAGGUGAUUAUCCUGGCAUUGAUCAUUCAGAGAUUCUCGGUGGCAAGAGCAUGCGCAGUCCUUCCAACUUGGAGGAUAUCCACUGAGCAAGCUUUCAUAUAUUCUAUGAAUGCAUUGCCUGAAGUGUAUGGCUUCUUGCUUGCUGGGAAAUCUGAGAGAGCGGACUCGUGGCGACAAGAAAGAGCUUCCCAUCUUGAGAAACCUCCAUCAUUAGGGAUGAGGCCGCCCACUGAAACCUAGUUGGGGGCUCCAUUCCCUUUAAUCCCGGCUGAGCUGCAUUUUGUGCACCCUUGGGCUGCUGUACAUAAAAGUAGGUGUUGACUGGACAGAUCUGUGCAUAUUGUACAACUGAAUUGCUGGAAGGGGCAGAAGAAUAGUUUUGACGCAUACGUAUUGCCCCUGGAGAUAAUCACUGUGUAGAUAAUUGUAAUUGCUGUGGUGUUACUUGUGUUCAUU